GACUUUCGGCACAGACAGUUGCUCUGACAGCUCCAAUAUGGACGGUCGCACUUUUUCUCCGCUGCUCUGUGCGUAAAUAUUAUUUAGUCCCGGUAGAGUAAUUGCGAGGAGUGUGUUGUGCUGUUCUCUAGAGAUCCUCUCUUUGUCGCUGAUUCCAGCCUCAGCAGGUGGAGCGAGUGGAAAAUAGCAUUGCAGGCCUCUAAUCAGCGGGGAGGAAUUGAAAGACUACCCACCAAAGUUAAUUAAGACACGAACAUGGCGUCGGGCGGCGAGAAAAGAUGGAUCGGAAGCGGCGUGUUUAAUCCCCAGGGCGGAGGGACGACGAUGCCGGAGUGGAAGAAGGAGCUGAUUCAGCGUCGCAAGAAUCUGGCCAAGUGCAUGACAUCCACAAUGAUCGCAGGUCAUUCGCAUUCGCAGCAAUGCCACGGAACAACAGCAGCGAAUUCCACACAAAUACAGCGUCAGGCGGCGACGACGACGGGAACGAGAGUCAGCGGCUCAGGCCAGCAACGAAGCAGCGGUUCGACGGUUGGUGAAUGCAGAGCAACGGUUCAGUCUAGUUGCGAGAGGGAUGGUGCGCGUGUGGCCCAAGCUGUAGCCAGCAAUGGUUCAUCCUGUGUUGCUACAAAAUGCUGUUACGAGGAUAAAUUGUGUGAGGUGCAUGAAAGUGGACGAAGCAGUACAUCCGGUGGUGAUUGGAGUGAUUCACGAGACAUUUUCUUUUUUUGUGAUAAUCGUCAGUUGGAUACUAAAAUGGUGGCCGUGCAGGAGAUGUGUGGCGAGAAGAUGGAUUAUGACACGUCAGAGGAGCUCAAGUAUGGGGCGGGAAUUGUGUCGAAGCUCGUGUCACGUUUCAUGAGCUACACCAUGAGGGUGUCAGCCGCCAAGGAGCGCCCCAGUUUGGAUAACAUGAGACGCGCCACGAGUCUCAAUAAUCUCCUUGAUGAUGACAAUGAGGAGGAGGCGUCUCCGAGGAAGGUUGUCGAUGAGAUUGUCCAGCGGGAUGUUGCAGAUGCAACAAAGAUGAGCCCAGAAGAUGUGCCCGUGGACAUCACGAACAGUGGCAAUAGUUGCGAGAAGGGAAUCUAUCGCCACAGGCAGCCGCAGAUAGGCACAUAUCAGCACAGUGAAAUCAUGAGACGACGUCAAAUGGGCCGUGGAAAUGAUUCGCUAAAGCGCGCCCGGUCUGUGGAUGCUCUGCUGCGUGUGGAGAGUCGCGGGGAUGGCAAGAGUGGUGAUCAGGAUGUGACGCAGGAUGCUAUAGCUGAAGAAAUUCCAGGAAAUGGUGUUUCAGCAGACACCCACGUUCCGACCAUUUGCGAUGUAACGAUUGAGGAUAAGAUCAUGAAUGCCAGAGAGCGUGGCGAGGCGAAACCAAAAAGACUGAAGUCCUUCAUGGAUGAUCCUGAGCGUCCACCACCGGAUCUUGUGAAGACAACUCUGAGAAUUUUCGAGGCAACAGCCAAUCGUCGCGGCCGCCCACCGACAUGCCGGAGUGGUGAAGUGGCGGCCAAAGUGGCAUCCUUCAAGUCUAUCAUAUCGCAGGAUAAGCCAGCUAUUCUCUAUCCAAAGCCACCCGUGAGCCCCAAGAAGGCUCUCGUGGGCAAAAAUGUGAGAAGUUCUAGUCACAGGGAUCCCGCCACGGUAACAGCAAAGCCUGCCACAGUUGUUCAGGAUCAAGUGAAUAAUACCUCAGCACAGCCUAAAUGUGUGACGACAAGCGUUAGUGUGAUCCAGAGAUCACCAUCUCCGCUGGCCAUUCGCAUGGACAUGACUUACAGGAGUGUGAAGAACUUCUCACCUUCUUCGCCACAGUCACCGAAGCCGGACUUGAUCAAUGUCUCCCCGCCACGGAGGCAGAGGGAGAGUCAGGAGAAUGGUGUGACGAUGGGUUCCGAUUCACCGACCAUUGCACAACUGACCAGUAAAAUUCAAUCGAUGAAAAUUGAGUCACCAAGCGGACACCAAGUGUCCAGUCAGGCGGCGAGUCAGGUGCGAAAAGUGCCACUGAGGAGUGGAACUGUGAGCUCCACCACUGAGGAGUCCGACACGGACUCAACGGACAGCUUCGACGAUGACUUAGAUGUGGACGAGAGCAACUAUCGAGGUGGUGGCAUCAAGAGGAUAUCGAAGGUGGAUUUGGAGAACAUCUCCCGAGCCGGCGCCACGACAGAGUUCAACUUUGGUGGCUGCACGAGCACGCCAAUACGGGAUAAGAGCUAUCUGCCACCCUUGACAAAUGGGGCCAACUUGAGCAUCCAAUUGGUGAGUCCUGAGGAUAACUCAGUGGAGGAUCUGCCCAAGGGAGCGGGUGUUGGUGACAGUGUUGAUGUAAAUGGUGUGAAAAUGGUGGAAAAAUCCCCGGAAAAUGGUGUCAAUGACUCUCUAAACAAGGUCGUGGUGGAGUCAAAAGAGAUUGUCGAUGCAACAACAAAGUGCAGUGAGAAACAGCUGACAAAUCAGGAAAUUGAGAAGAAUAUGAUCAAUAGGGAGAAGAGUGAAGCGAAUGUGACACAGGUGGCACCCAAGUGGACCUCCACAAAGAAGAAGCCAUGGAAGGAGGAGCCGCAGAACACCACGAUGGUGUUCAAUUUCAGCAAUCGGAAGGAUGUACCUGAUUACAUUGAGAACGAUGGAGUGGUUCUUCGUAGGAGACGUGAAAUGCCCAAGCCCGGCGAAUCGGGAUUUGUACUCCUUGGCGAUGCUCCUCUGGAGACUUCAACAGAUCCCGAUGAUUCCUGGACAAUGGGUCCGCCUUCGCCAUGUGACGUGGAUUUCUCGAAUGACAACGUGAUCAUCAAUGGAAAGUCUAGUUUGAGACAUAAACCCGGCGACAGCAAGCAGUGGAAAAUUCGCUUCGAUGACUCCCUGACGUCGACUUAUGAAUACCCAUCGGAAUCAUCUCAGAGGGAUGAAAUGCUGAGUGUGACGAGCAAUGGAAAGACGGGAUUGAUGGACGAUAAAUCAUUCAAUUCGCCGGCAUAUCAAAAAUUUCUACCACUGGGCUUGGCACCUUUGGCCAACUACACACCUGUGAAGGGGUGUGCCAUGAACAGUGACUUUGAGUUGGGCGUGAGGAGGAAUUCGCCGGUGGUGGAGUCGCCAGAGAGUGCCACAGGUGGAGGCAAUUGCGUGGGCGCUGAGCAUCAGUCGCAGCAGCAGCAGCAGCAACAGCAGCAAAUCAAUGGGGAUCUUGAGAGUUUGCAGUACCUUAAGCCGGCCACGGAUGAGCAAACUGUGGCCUGGAGUGAAGGCACUCGAGUCACAGAUUUACUGUUCUAACAGAGGGACAUCGACUUUCUGGAUGCACAGAUAUUUCCAGAAGACGCCCGUCGCUCACAGUGAACAGCCGCCGUGGUUCAAGAUGUGUGUGAACAAGAGAUGAAAAUUUUGGCGUGUUUUAAUCCAAUUUAAUUGUACACUUGAGUUGCCACAUUUGUUUUCCUGUUGAUGAAAAGAGGGAAAAAGAAUGGGAAUAUUCCAUGAGAAGGUCUCUGAACUCUGCUGUAAAGAGUAGUUGAAAUGAAGAAAAAGAAGAAAAAAAAGAAAUAUCGUCGUAAUGAAAAAUGUAAUAUGUUGAAUCAAAGAAAAAAAAACAUGGAAAUUAGUUGUAGUAUAUAUAAUUGAAGAAAAAAAAAAAACAGAAAUCGCACGGAACUGAAAAGGACUAGAAAAAAGGGAGAGAAAAUGAAGUGAAUUGAUUGAGAUUUUACGGACAGUCAAGAAUUAUGAAAUAUUUACCGAUAAAACUUUUGAUAGAGUCUGUUUUUUUUUAUACGGAACAAUAUUACGAUAAGCGACAUAUUAAAUGUGCUUUUUCUAUGACAUUUACGCGUUAUAUACAAGCAAGAUUUAUACAUAGGGAAAAGAGGGAGAAAAAAAAACGAAGAAAUUGAGCUCUGCCUGAAUUUUUACACAUACCUAAAAUAGUGAUUGGUAGAAGAGAUGAGGACGUGUUAAUUUAAGGAUAACAUUACAAAAAAAAGAAAAAAGUCUAUUUGCACACUUGUAAGGAAAAGAGAAGAACAGGAAAACACGAAAGAACAGAAAUCAAACUUUUUGUCUAUUCUUAAAUUAAUACAUAAGGAAUAUAUUA